CACCAUCGCAGAAACCGUAUCGUUCCUUUCGUUCAGCUCGGCUCAUUACUGUAUUUUUUCCUAGCGAUUCGAUUCGAAGUUGGUUCGAUUUUGCUGACUAGAAAUCUUUGAUUUUUGCUUGCUAUUUUGCGUAUCAGAUCGUCUAUAAGGAAACCUUGUGAAAGCACCGGUCAUCUCGUACCAUUUGUGCAGAACUUAGCGGAACUGACAACUAAAAGGUUUUUCUCCGGAUACAAGCAUCAUCCCGGAGUCUGUUGGGAUACGCCAAGCGUACACCAACAGUUUGCGAGCGAACAAAAACAACCAGUUCAGUAUUCGUCAGUGUGUGAUAAUAACAAGAAAAUAAAAAAAAUCGUGGAUUUGCAAUCAGCCAUCCAAAGGAAGGAAACGGAGAAUCCCACUGUGACAGGUGGCGAUUGUUGGUGCAUGUCUACCAUUUAGUGGCAAGUAAAGUUAAUUCAAGUGAAGAGACCCGUUCGCUAGCUCGAGAAGCUGCGAAUUGUGCUGUGCCAAGUGUCAUUUCAUAGUGCCAACUGUCAGUAUCGUUCUGACGUUGCUCGUGCAGUCGACAUAAAUUCGGGUUGGGCCUAUCCAUCAAAACUCUACCGUUGCAUCUCUUUCCCCUGGAGUAAUCCAACCAGUCGAAUCGAUCGCCUUUCUACGUUUGUUUGCAAUUCAGUGCCGACGAGGAAACGUGCAAGCUACGCGUAGGAGUUAAAGCUAUUUGCAGGAGAGCAUUAACUUUUGGUGUGUCCUCCGGCGUCAUCAUGAAUGUGAUGAACAAUAGUAGCGGCGACGAGGAGCAGGUCGAGUGUCCCCUGUGCAUGGAACCCCUGGAGGUGGAUGAUCUCCACUUCUAUCCGUGUACGUGUGGUUAUCAAAUUUGUCGAUUCUGCUGGCAUAGGAUCCGCACCGAUGAAAACGAACUGUGUCCCGCAUGCAGGAAGGCGUAUCCGGAGAACCCGGCGGACUUCACGCCCCUGUCGCAGGAGCAGAUUGCGGCCUUUAAGGCGGAGAAACGGCAGCGAGACCAGCAGCGGAAGGCGAAAAUCUCUGAAAACCGGAAACAUCUGGCUAACGUACGGGUGGUACAAAAGAACCUGGUAUUCGUUGUCGGACUGCCGCCGAGAUUGGCGGAUCCAGAAAUUCUGAAAAAACACGAAUACUUCGGCAAGUACGGCAAGAUACAUAAAGUUGUCAUAAAUCCUAGUUCAACGUACGCUGGAGUCCAGGUCCCUUCUGCUUCGGCGUACGUCACGUACAUCAACAACAACGACGCACUAAAAGCCAUUCAAAGCGUCAACAACAUCAAUAUGGACGGGCGGCUAAUAAAGACGAGCUUAGGCACCACCAAGUACUGUAGUCACUUUAUGAAGAACCAGACUUGUCCGAAACCGGAUUGCAUGUACCUGCAUGAACUGGGUGACCAGGAGGCUAGCUUUACGAAGGAGGAAAUGCAUCAAGGCAAGCAUCAGGAGUAUGAGAAACGACUUCACGACACGAUGCAGGCGCAACUAGGUCUAACGGCAGUUAACGGGGUAUCAUCCGGAGGUACGGUGAUGAACGGUCUCAACAACAGCACCGGUGGUGGUGUCGGUAAUGGCAACGGCAAUGGCGGAAACGGUACCGGAACCGGCACCACCACGAACGGUAUUCUUGCAAACGGUACAAACGGCAGCGGUAAAACAGGUGAUUCUAAACAUAUAAGCGACAUAACCAAUGGACCAAUGCAAAGCAAAGAAGCUUGGCCAAGCUUGUCCACUUCGCCGAUCGACGGUAGCACUCAUGGCAAUGGAGGCGGCGGUAGCAAUAAGGAGAAUAAAAUUAACGGUAAAACAGUCGGAAGCAACAAGGAGAACGGUUCACGUAAACACGAAAAGUCUCGAACAAAAGGGGGUAGAAAACAUCGUGGUACUCGAGACAGUGACCGCAAUCGGGAACGGGACCGUGAUCUCCACAAUAAGGAUCACGGAGGUAAAGACAGUCACAGUAAGCGCAAUUCCAGUAGCAGUAGCAGCAGCAAUAACCGAAGCAGCAGCAGCAAUCACGUCAAAGAUAGUACAAUUUCUUCUGGUGCUAAUAGCAUAACGAAUGGUGGCAUUAGCAGCAGGAAAAACGUUGACGCUGUCGCAGCUAGUAGUGCAUUUGGGGCAACUAGUACUGUUAGUACAACAGUGAUCAGCAACGGUACCGGUAAAUCGGUGAAUAAUGGCGUUAAUGGUCACAUAACUGGGGAUGAAGACAGUGGCAAGGAAGUACAGAACAACGGUAAAGUUCUAAAACCGAUGGACAUUGGAUGUGGCAGUCUAGCUACAAGCGAUAAGCCAGCUACCCAUCUAGAUGACUUAGAUGACGAUGACGAUGAGCUGGACUUUGAAGAUCUGGACAAUGAUGCUCUAUCGUCGGACAACGACGGCAAAACGGAUACACCUUCGUUGAGCAGCAGUGGUUCGUCGCGUGCCGGUGGAGAUAGUGGAAGCACUUUAAGCGAAACGCCCAGUGGCAAGAGUUCCCCGACUGCAUUCCCCGAUCCUUUGUCGGUUGUGAACAAUGUGAUAUCGACUGGAAAUACGACAACGGCUAUUGUCGCCGUCCCAGAUGACGCUGUGCCUAACAGUGGUGCCAUCGUGUCGACAGCCUCUACCGCCAUUACCAAUGGUAUUAGUAGCAGUAGUAGCAGCAGCAUCAGCAGCAGCAAUUUUUCCUCCUCUUCGUCUGCUAUAGCCUCCGAUGACAAGAGUGCUAGCGACAGUACUGAACUCGUGAUAGAGCCUUCAUCUCCAGCGUCUCUGUUUGGCAGCAGCGGCAAUGAUGAUAGCGGUAUAACCACAACGAUGACCAUUACGACGUCGAUAGCCAGUAAACAGCAACACCAACAGCAGCAACCGCCGUCACCACAAAAUGGCAUGAAUAAGAUCAAUAGUCUGAUUGAUAGCAGCACCUCUCGGUUUGCAAAACUAGGCAUUUUCGAUGACAACAGCAGUUUCUUCUCACACAGCUCGUUCGUUCCGUACAGUAACUUCAACAAGCUUGAUGGUGUAGUCAACAGCCAACUAGAUGGUAUUCAACCAUCCGGACUUACGUCCUCCCAGCUGCCGGAUCUCCUCAGCGGUACAAAUGAUUCCAAUGAGCAGCACACAAAAGAGAUCCUCAAAAAUUUGAACAACAUUCAGCAGCAACAGCAGCAGCAUAAUUUGCUCAAUAACGUGCAUUUGCAGCAAUUGAAUGGUCUUGGUCUAGGUAAUGGUGGUGUCGAAAACGGUACCACCGAAGAUUGGGAGGCCGCGUUUAGUAAGUACGUGAUGCGCAACAAACUAGACGUUGAACAUCACGAGGAGCUGUUACGACUGCAGGAGUUGCAAAAGCGUAAUAUUAUGAACAGUGGACUGAACGGGGCAUCGCAAUUCAAUGGCUUUAAUGGAGAUUAUGCAGAUUACUUUCACAACACAAACGAACUUAACAGUAGGUUGUUGAGCCAGCAACAGUAUGCUCAUCAACGGUUACAGCAACAGCAGCAACCGCAACACACUGACAUGAAUCACAUCUACGCGGGCAACAUGUCAAAGUUUUUUGAUUUCCAUAAAAAUCAACAGCAGCAAGCAGCACAACAUCAACAACAACAGAAUCAACCCUUUUUACUCAACGGACAUUCGUCACUUACGGCACCGGAUCCGAUGAACAUAGCUGGUAUUUUGGAAAACAGCCGGCUAAGCUCUCACUUCCUAGAACAACACAGUAAUGGUUUGCUAGGUUCUCAGCAUGUACAAAAGCAGCGAAUGCUAAACGGCCAGCUGAAUGCUCAUAGUAUCCUGUUGAACGGGGCUAAUCCACAGCAUCAGCAGCAGUCGCAAUCGCCGCAGCAGCCAAACAGUAGGUUACACAAUCCUCAACAGCAGCCAUUUUCGCAGCAGCAAAAUCCUGUUGCUGAUGAUGACUUAGGUUUUGACCCGUUCAUCGAGACACAGAAGGCGCUCGCAGAGCUCAUCAACGACGAGAUUAGCCAGCAGCAGAUGCCGCAAAGUGCAACAACAACCGCACCUAAUCACAGUAAAUUACUAGAGAACGUUCAGCGGACUCGUAUGCCUCCACCAGGCUUCAACCAUAUGAACGCAUUUGGCUUUGGUGUUCCGAGGCCGCAUGUGUCAAGCAGCAAAAUUCUUCCCUUCAUGAAUCUAACAAACAACUCACAGCAACAGCAACAACAACCUCAACAACCGAGCUGGGGACAGCAGCUACAGCAGCAGCAGCAACAGUUUAUGGGAUUCCAGCAGAAUGAUCAGAGUCAUUUGGCACAAUCCCAACCGCCAAGUGGCAAUAAUAAAGCAGGUUACGGCAAUAAUUUCCCCGAUUGGACUUCGUUUGAUCCAGCAAUCGUCUCGUUCCGUCAAUUUUCUUUUAUGAAUGGUCCCAACCAACCUGGUGACGUUUUUCUCUCAGCCCAGCAAGCACCGAACCAGCUAAACCAGCAGGGAAUGCAGCAACCAGGCCAAGCAUUCGGGCAUCACGGCAUCAACUUGCCAUCGAAUCUAAUGAGCCAGCCGCCGUCGAGCAACCCGCAAGCACAGGUCAACUUUUCCCACGUCAAUGGCAACUGGCUCAACAGCGAACAGAACGCCUUCAUGAGUAACCUUCCAACCGGUGCUAGCUUUGGAGUUGCCGGUUUCGACAAGUACAGCAUUCCGAUGCCACCGGGAUUUCAAGCAGCAGCCGCAGCGGCAGCAGUAGCAGCAGCUGUUGCCGGCAAACAAAAAGCGGAGUGCAUUAACUAAAUCGACAGGGUCGUCGUUUCGGUUGCUAUUUUGGUUGAACGGGUCGCCACGGGGGCGUCGAUAAUAGUUGAGGGCGAAUUUUAUUAUUUACUUUCUUUACAUCUGUGAUCCUAGAUAUUCGUUAAUAAUGCUUUAUUUCAAAGAAAAUUUCAGUAUAUAGCCAACAGUAACUUAAAAAGGUUAGAUGUGUGUAUACUACGAAUAGUAACUUUUCUAAAUUUAAAACUAAAAUUUGAAACUUAAGCGCAAUCGUUUCAUAUUCGUGAUUAUAUGGGCCCUACUCUCGCAAUCACAUCACUCACCAGAGCGAUUUUCGCAGUCAGUGUUCCUUACUGUCAACUAGCUGACUAGAGUUUCUAAGUGACUAUGAGAAUGAUUAUGAGCAAAUUUGUUUCAUCCUAGUUGAGGUGAAUGUGAGAACAGGGCCCUAAAUACCUAUCGGGAAGCUACGCUUGCAGCUAUUUUGAAUCAAUUAUUUUUCUCGUUUUCAAGAUUCUUGGAUUCCGAUAAUAUGAUUCUUGGAUUGGAUCCGAAUCGGUCUUCCGGUUCAUCGAUCGAUGAAUUCAAACUUACUACCGUUAUGGUACUCACCGACUAGUUCGAAAUUAUCUGGUUUCCACACCCUUUCAUCAAUAACAUUCAACCUGUUGAAUAGUAUCUGAUCGAAAGCAUCGAAGUUGUAAAAGUCAUUGAAGAUUCUUCGUCAAAUAUUUCUUUAUGUAAUUCCAAUUCACUUACACAAUGGCCAUUUAAAGCAGAAUUUGUUAUAAUAUAAUAGGAUUGUUGAAUGGAUGCGGCUUUUUAGCUUUCACGAAAAGGCUGACUUGUAAAAUAUAUCGUUCAAGUAGGUUUUACUUCUUAAAAUCACUUGGCAUUUUGUUGCAGUUAUUUGGGACCUCUCAUCAUUUAACGAUAGCCGCAUGAGGCUGCGUUUCGAAAUGACCUAAUCUAAUUCAUUGUCCUACAUUUGUUUUAAACUUUAUACACUCUAUUUAAAUUUUUACUUCUAAAUAAAUAAUUUGCAUAGAAAAAUAUGCAAAUCCAGCAACAUAAAUUAAACUAGCAAAUUUAAUCAACCAACAACUUAGUGCUCCGAACAAUAUGACAAACAUGAACCAAAACAAGACAUCUACUACUUCUAAACAUAUAUAAUAACGAACGAUCGCCGAAUAGUAAAAGAAAAGGGAACGGCUCGUAAAAGAUCAUUCAGCUAUAUUGAUUAUGGUUAUUAUCAUUAUUAUUGUCAUUAUUAUUAAUUAUUAAAAAUAGAUCCAACACAAAAACACACAUUUAUCCAACAAGGGAAAUCAAAAGAUAUAAAUAUAACGUCAGCUUAUUCCUAUCCUCGGUAGCUAAGAUACCAUCGCUUAAACAGGAAGGGUGUAAAAUUCUCCCAUCCAGAUCAGAUUUACAAUAUCUGGGUCAUGCUGCGUUCGCUAUUACAGUUGUAACGAAAAAAAAAUCCUAUACAGAAUAAUGAUGACGAUCAAUCAGAUAAAAUAAUGUUGUUGCUAAUUGCUGUGAAUAAACCUGUACGCAGACAUAAAUGAAGUGAUAUGUGAGAGCACAGCUGCAAAAUAAACCAUGAAAAACAUUUGCUAAUGUCAAAGGAGUUGCUUGGUAAGAGUUUGGUAACGAAGAAACCAGUAUGAUAUGUGAAUGACGAUAUAAAAAUAAAAGCUGUAAAAGAAUUAUUAUGAAAACAUCGUGAAA